GUUACAAAGUAGUGACCAAAUGCAAAACGAGAGGGGAGGGUAAAGAAGAAAAAAAGAAGAGGAGGAGGAGGAGAAGAAGAAGAAGGGAAGAAGAGGUGAAAAAUAACCGGAAGGGAGAUUCGAUGCAACGAACGUCAUUGUUGCUCGGCCCCUCGGACUUGAAUUUUCCCCGCGCCGAAAUGCCCGAUAAUCAACUUUCCUUUCUCGUUAUCGUACGUAUCUCAUCUCAAUCGACAGCUCCUUCAUGGCUCCCAAACGUUUCAUUUGACCGUUUAAUUGCCUUUCAUCACCUACCCGACGACUCUGAAAUUACUAUAUACACCUCCUCCUGAAAUCUGCGAUCGGUCAUGGACUCGGAUUCUCCCCCGGCCUCACCACCCGCCGGCCAAAAACGUAAAAUUGCCGACAUGAGCUCCGACGAAGAAGAUUUUCGUCCCACGAUGGGCUUCCGCGGGUUCGCUAGAGCAUCGUCCCGCUCAGAGUCACCUCCGUCGCUUGGUGGCUUAGGAAGUGCUCGUCGCAAUCCCUGGAACAACAGCACGCAGCCAGCCACUCCCAGAGGCGGCGCCAGCAAUGCCGGCAAAGGGAUGAACGGAGGAAACUCCUUCGCCGCGCGUAUGAUGGCCAAGAUGGGUUAUGUUGCAGGUCAAGGUCUCGGUUCGACUGGUCAAGGUAUCGUCAAUCCAAUUGAGGCCCAGGCCCGACCACAGGGUGCUGGUUUGGGCGCCGUUCGAGAAAAGACAAAGCAAGCCCGAGAGGAGGAAAAACGAGCGGCGGCCUUACGCGGCGAAGUGGUGGAGGAUAGCUCAGAUGAAGAACGAAAGAGGAGGCAGAAGAAGAAAGAGGCGCGCAAACAGGGAAGUCGAAGCGGUACUGGCACACCAGCGCCACGUGCGAAACCUCAAUUCCGCACAGCCCGAGAGAUGGAGGAAGAUAUGGCUGGUCUUGAAGUACCAAAUGUCUUGAAGUCAUUGGUUGAUGCCACGGGAAAGGAACAGCGAGUCUUGACCUCCACUGCCGGCUUGAUGACCCCGUCCGAAUUCGUUAAACCUGGUGAAGGUGAAGCUCUUAAGAUUGCACAACGGGCGCGCCAUGAUUUAGAGGCUUUUGCGGAUGAAUGGAAAGGAUUGACUGAAAGGAAGAAGUUCAUUGAUCUGGAGGAAGCGCAGCUUGUGGAGCAAAUGGAUACACAACAACUCCGAAUGGACCAGCUAACAGAGUUGGUUGCUGCCAUUGGGGGCUUGGAAAUCUUCCAAGAUGACAGUACGCGGGGACGUUUCGACGAAGUUACUGAGAAGCUGGAAUCCUUGGAAAUCAAAUAUCGGAAUGAAAUUGAUGAAUACCGUCUCCCCGAGACAGCUGUUGCGGCCAUUCAUCCUCUGUUCCGCCAAGCGAUGGAGGAAUGGGAACCUCUUCAAGAUCCGACAUACCUCGUAUCAAAUCUUCGUCGCCUUCAGCCCCUUUUAUCCCGGAAGAAAGACGAUCAAAAUGCACAACGGCAAUCCACUUCACCUUAUGAAAGUAUGAUAUACACUUUGUGGCUACCUCGUGUGCGCUCGGCACUCCUCAACGACUGGGACGUUUAUGACCCGAGGCCAGCCACCUCCCUCGUCGUUGCGUGGAAAGAAAUUAUACCACACUUUGUUUUGGCGAACGUUCUUGAUCAACUCGUGGUUCCGAAGCUCACCGGUGCUUUGAAAGAAUGGAAGCCUAGAAGCAGUAGCAGACGCCACACUUCCUCACAUCAUAGCUCUCGCUUCCCAUGGUGGCUAUUCUCAUGGCUACAGUAUCUUGACGAACGACAUACGGACCCAAGACAGCCUACAGGUCUCCUUUCAGAUGCCAAGAGAAAAUUCCGCGUUGUCUUGGAUUCCUGGGACCUCAGAAAAGGCUUGGUUGAUGGUAUUCAGCUGUGGCGCGAUGCGUUGGGCUCAGAGUUUGACGUAUGCUUACGAAACCACCUCUUACCACGACUGGGUCGCCAUCUCCGUGAAGAUUUUGAAGUAAACCCGCAAGACCAAGAUGUCUCAGCACUAGAAAACAUCUUCAAAUGGAAAGAUUUCUUCAAGCCUAAUGUUUUCGGGUUAUUGCUGGUAGCCGAAUUUUUCCCUAAGUGGCACAAUAUUCUGUAUAUUUGGCUCACCAAUGACCCGAACUACGAAGAGGUUGGCGAGUGGUUCUCCUGGUGGCGAACCCAAAUCCCUGAAGAUGUCAACGAGCUGACUAUCGUCGACGACGAGUGGAAGAAAGGCUUGCGGACCAUGGACCUUGCAUCUCGCUUGGGUGAUCGUGCUGCUGCAGAGCUCCCGCCCCCAUCAUCCACCACUGCAGAGCAGCUUCCUGAGGAAAAGCCCCAUGUGCCAGCGGAAGCACCACCCACGAAAGCUCGCAAGCCCAAGGUUGUAGAAGAGGUCGCCUUCAAAGACAUUCUCGAAACCUGGUGCACAGAACAGGGGCUCAUCAUGCUCCCAUUGCGAGAAGCACAUCCGCAGAAUGGCCAACCUCUCUUCAGAAUCACAGCCAGCGCUACCGGAAAGGGUGGUGUCGUGGCCUUUGUCCAGGGAGAUGUUGUCUGGGUGCAGAACAAGAAAGCAAAGGACGUUUGGGAGCCGAUGGGGCUGGAAGACCAGCUUGUGGAGCGUGCAGAGAGCAGAUGAUAUCCCUACUUUUUGUUAUUUUAGCAUGGUCUACAGUUUUGAGCUAGUUUUCACGAUACCUUGUACUUAGAUAUCCACUUAUCAUGAUUACAUUGAUAUACAUAUAAUUAUAGAAGUGGCCGAACACACCUUCAAACCAUUGAACAGAUCAUCCAAUUGCAUGCAUGUAUCAGGAAACUAACAGUGAACGUUUGCAAGCCUAAUAGUACUACUGUUAUAGCAAAGAACAAGACACUCAUGCGCUAAAGGUCGCAUUACUACUCCGGGCCGAGCAGUAGAACUCUCACGCAAUGAUGGUCAAUACAGAGAGAAACGACAUACAUAGUAGCAAUGACAUAGAAGAGGCUGGUUAUGAAGUAACUGCCAAGAACAAGAUUGGGACAGGGCAGGGGCCUGUGCUCCACUUUUAACUCUUUUAUAAAUUACUUAUUUGAACGGUUAUUCAACAAGCACUCCGAUGUGGUGUAAUGGUCAACAUCGCUGUCUCUCACACAGCAGCUCGGGGU